AUUAACACGAGUGUUCUUCAGAUUGUGGUUGGUUACGUCACUGUGAAAUAACAAUGUCUCUAAAGGGGGAAUUCCCGAUUGAGAAACCGGUAAAGAAGCGAGAAAAAUGGAAAAGUAAAAUUGACUUCGUGUUUGGGGUCGCUGGUGGAUCGAUUGGGCUCGGAAAUGUCUGGAGGUUUCCCUACUUAUGCUACAAAAACGGUGGAGGUGCCUUCCUGAUCCCUUACGUUUUAUUUCUGGUCGGAGCGGCCGUCCCCAUCUUCUUCCUGGAAGCAGCAAUUGGUCAAUUCACGAGCAGGAGCGUUUCUUCGGCGUGGGACAUGUUCCCCUUGAUGAGAGGCAUCGGGUUCGCUUCAAUGACAAUCAUAAUGAACUUGAAUACUUACUACAUGGCUGUGCUGGCGUGGUCGUUGAGGUACGUGGUAGCAAGCUUUGAAUCUCCGUUGCCCUGGACCACGUGUCACAACGCUUGGAACAGCGACCGUUGUUUCGUAUACGGGAGCAACACCAGUGCGAGUGAAAAUUUCGAAGAAAACAUGACGUCAUCGCAAUGGAAUAUGACGUCAUUGCCGCCCGUGGUUGAAACGUCAUCAAAUGAAACUGGAUUCUUCAACACAUCAUCAGCGUUUAAUACGUCAUCAAAUGACGUCAGAGUGUCGUCAGUGAUCGAGUACUGGGAGCGCGGGGUUCUUGGUAAAUCAAGCGGCGUGGAUGAGAUAGGUUCGGUACAAAUGCCGUUGUUUGGAUGCUUACUGGUGGCGUGGCUCAUCAUAUAUUUCUGUAUAUGGAGGGGUAUAGCAUGGACCAGCAAGGUUGUUUACUUCACGGCCACCUUUCCCUUAUUCAUGCUCCUCGUGUUGUUCAUCAGGGGUGUAACAUUAGACGGGGCAAGCGACGGGGUGUCAUAUUACUUAACGCCCAAUAUCACUAAACUACAAGAACCGCUGGUAUGGGUUGAUGCCGCCACCCAAGUUUUUUACUCCUAUUCACUAUGCAAUGGUAUUAUGGUGGCAAUGGGGAGUUAUAACAAUUAUCAUCAAAACUUAUACAGAGACACCAUUGUUUUGUCAUUAUUGAACAGCGGAACGAGCUUUUUUGCAGGGUUCACCGUUUUCUCAGUUCUAGGAUUUAUGGCAAAGGAACAGAACACAACGAUAGACUUGGUGGCAGAGUCUGGCCCAGGACUUGUAUUUAUAGCUUACCCCAAAGCAAUCACUCUUAUGCCCCUCCCUAACCUAUGGGGUGCCUUGUUCUUUCUUAUGAUCUUUUUAUUAGGCCUUGACAGUCAGUUUAUCGGCCAAGAAAGUUUUAUAGCUGCCAUUUCUGAUCUCAAACCAAACUUAUUCAACAAACCAUGGCGAAGGGAAAAGUUGGUCGCUGGAGUUUGUGGCGUGCAGUUUCUAAUCGGUAUUAUCAUGAUCACACAGGGUGGCGUUUACGUGUUUAACAUGUACGACAACUAUGCUGCAGCGGGCUGGUGUCUUUUCUUCAUCGGCGUGUGCGAGUGCGUCACUGUCAGCUGGCUCUACGGCAUAACUGACUUCUGGGGCCACGUGUGCCACAUGUUGGGUUUUAAACCACGAGUGCCGUGGUUCAAAUACGCAUGGGCAGUUGUGGCCCCCGUUCUAACUUCAAGUGUCUUCAUAUACAGUUUGGUUCAAUAUGAACCACUAACAUACAACCGUACCUACAUAUACCCGAUGUGGGCGCAAGCAGUUUGUUGGUGCCUUGCACUUAGUGCCAUCUUGUGGAUCCCUUUCUAUGCAAUUUAUCGCUUCGCUGUUGCUAAAGGAACCAUGUAUGAGCGAUGGAUUGAGGUGACAACUGUCCCACAAAAAUUAGAACAAAGAUUGGAAACAAAGAAAAAAAUUUUUGGAAUCGUCAAAGAAAAGAAUGGAAUUAUUCUAGAACCUUUGUGUUUGAACCAUAAAGUAUGAUUGUGAUGUCAUAAUCAUGACAAUGACAUCACAGUUAAUUAAAGAGUGUAACAAUGGACAUUGUUCAAUUGAAUUGCUUUGUGUAUGCUAUUAUGACAUCACAGAUAUCAAAUAAUAAACGAGCACAGUAACAAUGA